UUUUCUUCUUAAAUACGCAACGCUAUUUGGGAGAGGACGACUUGAAACCAUGACCUGAGGGUGAUGGGGCAAUGCGUGUUCUUUUACUAGACCAAAUGGUGAAACCCAAAAUUUUGGGUUUCUUUUGGUUUUUGCCUUUUGUUUUCUAGGUUUUCUUUUGUCAGUUGCUUGGUUACUAAGAAAUGUAUGUUCGAGAAGAGGGGGAGGAGUUUUGGCUGACUGCGGCAGGUUGUGAGUUCAAGUCCAUGGGGGUUUCUAUUAUUGCAAUUUUGCGAGAUAGCCCCUUGCUCAGGCUAGCGUGUGCAAAUGCUAGUUUGCGUUAUCUUUUCGCCAGGUCUCAAACCGUCCAGAGGGUUUAGGCUGGGGUCUUCUAUGUGGCCCGCAGUUUACCAGUCAGCUGUCUACCGGGUGGGUUCCAUGUUACCCCAAAAAAGGAGUUUUGGCUGGCUGUGGUUUUGGGAUUGCAAUGGGAUUAUGCUUCUGUGACGACUUAUUGGUGUGUUUUAAGAUUGUCACUGAUUGUAGUUGUGAGAUUUAGGCUGAAUAAAUUGAUUCUGCCACUGUCGUGAAAUUUAUUCUUCAUCUUCUCAAGUGAAAUUUUAAUUUGGUAUUAUCAGUACAAUUGCUGUCUGUGAUCUUCCAUAAAACCCACCCUUUUCUUUUCUUCCUCAGCAACAAACAGCUAGAUCAUAUUUUAUACCACUUGUCUUGGAAAUUGCAAUCUGGUAUUGUCUUUCUCUUUUGCUUUUUGGGGUUAUUUCUGUUGUUCCUCACCCAGAAAAUUUUAGGAAUAGUGGGGAAAGAGGUGGACAGUUUUAUAGUAUUCACUUCAAAACAUAACUUCCAACUUUUGCUCCCCUUCUCUCUUUCUCCCGCAUUUUUCUGGGAGACAUAAUCAUCAUGCUUUUAUUCUGCUGUAGUUUUUGUUUUAGAUCAUCGUAUUAAAGCCUUUUGUUGCAAAAUAAUUUGGGGUUUGCUACAUGCCAAAAGGCAAAGGUAAAUAAUUCCCAUGCACAAGGCUCCUAGUGGUCUUGACAUCAGCUAAUGGCAUCGAUGUAUGCGCCUUAUUCCGCAUAGCAGAUUAUUUCCAUGACUUGAACACCCCUAGGUUGCAAUGAGGCAAACUUUAUCACUAGGCCAUCUGAGUCGUCCUUAAACAUGAAUCCAUAAUAGAAUUGAGCUUGAAUUUACUGCAUGGAUUCUCUUUCCCCAUUCAUUCCACCAAUUGUAUAUGACUAUAAGCCCAUAUAAUUUCUUAUUACUUCCAUUCACAUCUCUACCGGUCCUUCUUGAAUUUCUUUUUUAUUUUAGAUCCCCUCUUUUAUGGUAUGCAGUUUAGGUGUGCUAUAGAGGUUGGGAUUACAACUAACCAAUUCAAGGUGUGUGUGGCUAUUGUGAUGCAAAUGGAAAUUGGAGGAAAGUUAUCUGGUUCUCCAACCUCUCCCAGGAUGGGUGGUGUCUCAAGGUCCCAGAUACGGUCAGCUUUCAACGUAUAGAAGCAACUGAGAAGAAGGUUGCAGGUUUCUCGUAGUUAGUUUGAAUAGAGCGACUGCCAACUUUUACAGCAGUCAUGGCUACCAACGAGAGGGUUCGUAACGCCUUAAGUGCAACCAGUGCUCUGGGUAUUCCUGAUGAAGAGGUCAUACCUUUACUAAAACAGCUACUGAAAGUUUAUCAAAAGAACUGGGAACUUGUAGAAGCAGAAGACUAUCGCGCUCUUAUAGAUGCAUAUUUUGAACUCAAAGAGGAAAAGGGGGAUAAAAAUGCGAGAAAAGGCAUUUUGGAGCAUGAUGUGAGAAAGGGUAUUUUGGAGCAUGAUGCUUCUGAAAACCCAUCUAUGAAAGUACAUUCUGGUGUGCAGAAAGAUCAGGUCUUACCUACAAUGGAUCAUUCAAGAAAAAUUUUAGCUGCCAAAGAGGGCAAAAGAUUGACAAUUUGGGGCGGACAAGGAACUAUGGAUUCAUCUCAACCAAGCAUACAGGAAGAAAAAACUGAAUCUGGUCUCCUACUUCCUCAUGCUCAGUUUAUGGGCAGGUGGAAGGAAGUAAUUCCAUCUCGCACGACCAAAAUAGAUAGAAAUUUGGCUUCAAAGGUGUCAUCAUGCUCAUCAUAUUCUGGGAAAAAAAUUGAAGAACGUGAACCAUCUCAUAUCUUGAGGAAAAAUGUGUAUGGUAAACAUCUAAGUGAACAGUUCAUCCAGUCAAAAAGUGAGCAGACCAUCAAUGACCAAAGACAAUUUUACAAUCCUAUUUCUGUGGUUGAUGAAGUACUUACAGACUUCCUGGAAACUCCUUCAAGUGGAAAAGAUAUUGUGAAAUCAGCAUCGUGGAAGUUGUCCUUGUGCAGCAAAGAUGGUGCUUCAGGAUGCAAUGUCGACACAAACCAUAUGGAGUUGAACAGGAAGCAUAUGAGCAAACAUAGGUCUUCAGGAUCUUCUAAUUUGGGAAAUGCUCAUUCUCAGUCAGCUAAUAAUGAUGAGAAGAGGUGCUACUCUUACAUCAGUGACAUUACAAAGGGUGCAGAAAAUGUUAAAAUUUCAUUAAUUAAUGAAAUUGUCAAUGUGGAUCUACCCAAAUUUUCUUACAUACCGCAUAAUAUAAUCUAUCAGGGUGCUUAUGUACACAUCUCAUUGGCUCGAAUUGCUGAUGAUGAUUGCUGUUCAGGCUGCUCUGGAGACUGUCUUUCAUCAUCAAUUCCAUGUGCUUGUGCACGUGAAACUGGUGGGGAGUUUGCUUAUACGCAACACGGGCUACUUAAAGAAGAAUUUCUAAGUGCUUGUAUUUCUAUGAAUCUGAACCCUGAAAAACACCCUGCAGUUUUUUGUCAAGACUGCCCUUUGGCAAGGUCUAAGGAUGACUGCACACCAGAGCCAUGCAAGGGUCAUUUGGUCAAGAAGUUUAUAAAAGAAUGCUGGAGGAAAUGUGGAUGUGACAUGCGUUGUGGAAAUCGUGUAGUGCAGCGAGGUAUUACGUGCAAAUUGCAGGUGUUCUGGACUUGUCAAGGUAAAGGCUGGGGCCUUAGAACACUGGAAAAAUUGCCUAAAGGAACUUUUGUCUGUGAGUACGUUGGAGAGAUAUUAACCAACACAGAGUUGUAUGAGCGGAAUAUGCAAUGCACUGGAAAUGAGAGACAUACAUAUCCAGUUACACUUGAUGCAGACUGGGGCUCAGAAAAAAUUUUAAGAGAUGAAGAGGCUCUCUGUUUGGAUGCAACAUUUACUGGGAAUGUUGCAAGGUUUAUUAAUCAUAGAUGUUCUGAUGGAAACUUGAUUGACAUUCCAGUUGAGGUGGAGACUCCAGAUCGCCACUAUUAUCAUCUUGCUUUUUUCACCAAAAGAGAAGUGAGUGCUUUGGAAGAGCUAACAUGGGACUAUGGGAUCGACUUUGAUGAUCAUGAGCAUCCCAUAAAAGCAUUUACCUGUUGUUGUGGCAGUCAAGGUUGCCGAGAUGUAAAACCAAUAGAGAAGAGGAUCAGAAAACAAACACAGCGAAAGGAUGACGCAGAAUACAAGAGACUCAAGAUAGCAACUAAAAGGGCUGGGGCAGCCAUCCUUUGACAGCGAUAUAGGUCUGAGAGCAUUCUGUGGGGGAGGCUCAUCUUUUGCUUAAAACUGUAACCAGUUAUUAGCUGCAGAGGUAUGUCUCGGGUUGGGCCGAAUCUUAGAUGAGUUCUCCGUCACCCCAAAAAAAAAACUUUGUUUAUUAUUAUGUUACUCUUCUAAGAAAUUGUAAUUUGCAAGGGUCAUACAAAAGAAUUUUUCAAUGUCUAGGAAUAACAAUGCUGGAUCCUUGAACAGAAUAACAUGCUGCAUUUAAGCAUGGACAUUCGGUUCCCUAUUUGUUUCACAACUAAUGAUCAAAAUUCCGUACAA